AACACCAGGUCGUUGUCGCCCAUCUCCAGCCGGCGGAGGCUGCGCAGGUCCUGGAAGGUGUAGUCCAGGAGGAUGACCAGCUUGUUCUCGCUCAGGUCCAGCAGCGUGAGGUUGUCCAGGUGCGUGAAGACGCCGGGCGGGAUGAGCUUCAGCAGGUUGCCGCGGAGGCGCAGCUCUCGCAAGCGCGGCAGGUUGGCGAAGGCGCCGGGCUCCACGUGCGCGAUCACGUUCUCGCUCAGGUCCAGCUCCUCCAGCAUUGGCAGGGCGGCCAGGUCACCCGGGUUCAGGCAGCGGAUGCGGUUGCGGCUGAGCUCUAGCAGGCGCGUCUCGGCCGGGAUGCCGUCGGGCACCGCGGUCAGCCGGCGCCGGGGACAGGCUACUGCGUGCAUCUGCACUGUACACUCGCAGCGGGCCGGGCAGCCCCCAGCGGGGGGCGGGGCCGCGGGCAGGAGCAGGAACUGCAGGCUCAGGACACACAGCCAGCAGGUCAUGGUGCGGAGCCUGGGCCUAGGGCCGCGCCACCAUCCUCGUGGGCACCUGAGGGCGGGGGCAGCGUUAGCACCCGUAUCCCGCCAUCCCGCCAUCCCUCCACCCCGGCCCGUCCCACCCCAUCCUAGUAGCUAGCUCAGGAAGCGAUUAUCCACCGUGGGACCCGGGAUCCCCCUCUGGGGUGUCUACCCAAGGGCUGGGUAGGGAAGCAGUGUGGAUGGAUGAUCAGGGUCCAUGGAGGGGGUGACUUCAGACCAGGACAGGUGACAUUUGAGCUGAGACCCUGGGCUGGGUUGAACUGUGUUCCCCCAAAAGAAACGUUCAAGUCCUAACCCUGGUACGUGGGAAGGGGGCCUCGUUUGGAAAUAGGGUCUUUGCAGAUGUGAGUUGAGACGAGGUUAUAUUGGAUUAGGGUGGCCCUGAAUCCAAUGACUGAUGUCCUUAUAAUAAGAGGGAAGUUUGGACUCACACAUAGAUGCACACAGAGGGCAAAAGGCCGCGUGAAGAUGGAGACAGAGGUUGGAGGGAUGCGUCUACAAGCCAAGGAUGGCGGGGGCCCCCAGAAGUUGAGAGGGGCAGGGAGGACCCUCCCUUGGAGACUUCAGAGGGAGCAUGGCCUGAGACCCCCGGAUUUCAGACUUCUGGCGUCCAGAACUGGGAGAGCAUAGAUUUCUGUUGUUUUCAGCCACUCAGUCUGUGGUACUUAGUGUUUGGCAACAGGAAGCUAAUACAGACCCAAAGAAUGACCAGGAAAGGGCCCAUGGGUGUUGCAGAAAGAGGGUUCCAAGCUGGGGGAAGAGCCAGUGCAAAGGUCCUGAGGCUGAAGGAGUGGCUGGUGAGGCUAGGAGUACAAUGAAUGGGGGUGGGGAGUGGGAGAUGCACUGGAGGGUUCAGGGAGGCUGGAUGAUGUGGCUGGGGAGGCCCAGAGGGACAGAUGCCAACACGCCUGGGCCUUUGCACCUGCGCCUUCCGAGUUGCUCCAUCUCUCCUGGCAGCCAGCUGGCCCUCCACCCCCUGUCCCCGCACUCUGCUGGGCUGCAGCCCGGAUCCCGGGGCCAAGGUGGGUGGGGGUGGGGAGGCCAUAGGCAGAUGGCAGCCUGAGGGUGCUGCUCCGUUGGCCAGGCACCUAUUUUCAGCAUCUUAGCAGCUGAAGCCCCCAGGCAUCCCCUGACUCCCCCUGACACAUGCUUGCUGCCUGUUUCCUCACUGUUCCCACAGGCCCGGCUCAGCAAAGACCCAGGCUGUAGAUUCUCAUCUGCUAAACAGCGGUGAGGCCAGCUCCGGCCUUCCUGGGCCCUUUUGGGAAUUUUAGGUGAGCAUUAACACACACAGAGCCCCGAGUAGCUUAAUGCCAGAGGUGAACCAUACGUCACUGGGGGGGAGAGUUUGUAUUUUGCAGGUGUCAUCAAUUUAAGAUGAGGUCAUACUGGAGCAGGGUGGGCCCUGAUCCAAUGACUGGUGUCCUUAUAAAAGGGGAAAUUUUGAUGCAGACACUCAGGGAAGAUGGCCACGUGAUAACAAAGGCAGAGACUGGAGUGAUGCAUCUAUAAGCCAAGGGACACCAAAGAUUGCCGGUAACCAUCAGAACCUGGAAAAAGCAGGGAAGGAUCCACGCCUAGAAUCUCUGGAGGAAGUACAGCCCUGCUGACACCUUGAUUUUGAACGUCUGGCGUCCAGAACAGAGAGAAUAACUUUCUGUUGUUUUAAGCCACCAUGUUUGUGGUAUUUCACUGUGGCAGCUACAAGACCUGACGGAAUAUCCAUGGAUCCGUAAGAAAAACUCACACAUGGGAGCAGGGUGCAGCUGCAGAGUCAUUUGGAACAGCAAAAACUGGGACUAACCUAGAUAUCUAUCAGUAGGGGAUCAGGUUAAAGGGGCUCUGAGGUCACUCCCAGGUCGCCAUCCCAGCCCAGGACGCUCCCUGUGGUCAAGGGAUAACUGUCCCCCAGCUGGGGAUGGGGCACAGCUCAUCAGCAGUCUGCUUUGGAGGAGCAAGGCCCUCCCUGGCUCUGCCCCAAGAAGGAAAUGAGGCAGGAGAGGGUCCUGGCAGUUCAUUCAGCUAGAAUUCAAAAUACGGCUCUGUUUUUGCUGGACCUGUUUUCAUCGUCACCUGCAGAGAUCCUGUAACACUGGUCUCCUCUCAUUCGUUGAUUCCGUCCAUCAGUCAGUCAACAAACAUCUACUGUGCCAGGCAUUUUCCACGUGCUGAGGACACACAGUGCGUGAGACAAAGGGGUCAGCUUUCUUGGAGCCCACAGAUAAUAAAAGAGGUGGCCUGUGAGUACGGCAUGGUGCACGUGGUGUCCGAGACUGGGGGCCCCAAAGGCAAAGACUACUGCAUCCUCUACAACCCGCAGUGGGCCCACCUGCCGCUCGACCUCAGCAAAGCAUCUCUCCUGCAGGUGCGGGACUGGACGACCUCCGUGCUCUGCUCUCCGGCCGACCUCCCUGCCAAAGGCUUCAGUAACCAGAUCCCCCUGGUGGCGCGGGGGAACUGCACCUUCUACGAGAAAGUGCGGCUGGCGCAGGGCAGCGGGGCGCGCGGGCUGCUCAUCAUCAGCAAGGAGGCGCUGGUCCCCCCAGGAGGCAACAAGACGCAGUACGACGAGAUCGGCAUUCCCGUGGCCCUGCUCAGCUACAAAGACAUGCUGGACAUUUUUGAGACUUUCGGCCGGGUGGUACGGGCAGCACUGUACGCCCCCAAGGAGCCCAUGCUGGACUACAACAUGGUCAUCAUCUUCAUCAUGGCUGUGGGCACCGUUGCCCUCGGGGGCUACUGGGCCGGGAGCCGGGACGUGAGGAAGAGGUACAUGAAACACAAGCGGGACGACGGGCCCGAGAAGCACGAGGAUGAGGCUGUGGACGUGACGCCCGUCAUGAUCUGCGUGUUUGUGGUCAUGUGCUGCUCCAUGCUGGUGCUGCUCUACCACUUCUACGACCAGCUCGUCUACGUCAUCAUCGGCAUCUUCUGCCUGGCCUCCUCCACGGGCCUCUACAGCUGCCUGUCGCCGCUCCUCCAGCGGCUGCCGCUCUGCAGAUGCAGGGUCCCCGACAACAGCCUGCCCUACUUCCACAAGCGCCCUCAGGUCUGCAUGCUGCUCCUGGCGCUGCUGUGCGUGGCCGUCAGUGUGGUGUGGGGCGUCUUCCGGAACGAGGACCAGUGGGCUUGGAUCCUUCAGGACGCGCUGGGCAUUGCCUUCUGCCUCUACACCUUGAAAACCAUCCGCCUCCCCACGUUCAAGGGAAACUCUGAGCCUCGGGAGAGGCAGGGACACGUCCCGGAGGCCUGCACGCUGCUGCUGCUGGUGCUGUUCAUCUACGACGUGUUCUUCGUGUUCAUCACGCCCUUCCUGACCAAGAGUGGGAGCAGCAUCAUGGUGGAGGUGGCGACCGGGCCAUCAGACUCAGCCACCCACGAGAAGCUCCCCAUGGUGCUGAAGGUGCCCAGACUCAACGCCUCGCCGCUGGCCCUGUGUGACAGGCCCUUCUCCCUCCUGGGCUUCGGGGACAUCCUGGUCCCAGGGCUGCUCGUGGCCUACUGCCACCGCUUCGACAUCCAGGUGCAGUCCUCCAGGGUCUACUUCGUGGCCUGUACCAUCGCCUACGGCAUCGGUCUCCUGGUGACGUUCAUGGCGCUGGCCCUCAUGCAGCGCGGCCAGCCUGCCCUCCUCUACCUGGUGCCCUGCACGCUCGUCACCAGCUGCGCCCUGGCGCUCUGGCGCAGGGAGCUGGGCAUGUUCUGGACGGGCAGCGGCUUUGCGAAGGACCUACCUCAGUCGCCGUGGGCGCCCGCCUCCGCCGACGGCCCGCAGCCCCAGGCGGACUCCGACGCCGCCCCCUCCCAGCAGCCUCGCGGCCAAGAAGCGGCCCCGUCCCCUCCGCCCACGGAGCAGCCCCCAGAGUCGUCCGUGCCCGAGGAGAGCGGGGCCGGCGCGCCCCCCCAGGAGCCCGAGAGUCCGGCAGGCCUCGCCCCCGGCCCCGCCCCCGGCCCCUCGGCCUAGGGGAGGGCGCAGACUCGGCCCCCGCGCCCCGGGACUGGACCCGCGCGGCCCCCAACUUGGUGCUCUGGCCUGGCCGAUGCGCACGUCCUGCUCCAGCCCGGCCACACCCCGGACCCCAGCCCUGCUCCGAGCUCGCGUGGCUGCCAAGCCCCCGGCCGGCUGAGGCCAACCCCGCGCGCGCCCCGCUUCCUGCGGCGGUGGUGCCCCGGGAAGGGCGGGGCCGUCACCUCCGCCGUUGACCGCGGACACGCCCAGUUUGGUGCUUACCCUGCUGCUGCUUCCCUUCGGGUCCGGGCCGGGAGAGGGCGGGUCUCUGGCUCCUGGUGGAGGGGCGCCUUUGCCCAGCAGGGCCCCCAGGGGUUUGGACUGGACGCCGUCGCGGCCUUGGGGGCCCGCGGUGAGCGCCGAGCCCUGCGCCCGGCCCUUCCAUCGCCCGGAAGCGCCCAGCGCCUGUGGUACAGCUCCUCCAAGUUUGAAUAAACGGCCACGACUUUUUGAAA